AUGAUACCCAACCCAGCAGAAAUCGCCUCGCUGAAAGAACAAUGCAUCUCCUGGAGUUCAUCAAAGAGUGAUAGCCCCAUAUAUGAGGACGGUCCCAUUAAGCGCUACUUCUCCGCAGCUGCGCUUGCCAUACAAUUUCUCAACGGUCUAGACCCGAGCGUUCUAUCCGCUGUUCGCAAGAUUGUACUCGAUGAAGCCCACGCCAGCAUAGCAUAUUCGGAGUGCCAUGGCCUGGGUCUGGUCAGCAUUUUGCAACAGUAUCCCCGCAUCAGUAUUCGUCGCCAAGUGGAUACAAAGACUAUGGCCAUCACGAGUAAGAUCGGUCAGCCCUAUUUCGAGCAACUCGUAGAUCAAUACCACGAUGGUCAAGUCUGGGACAUCGACGGAGAGAUAGAACGAGUGCGCGUAUCUCAGGCCUUCAUGCGGUGGUUUGAGGAAGCCGUGGCUCUUUCAUCGAGAUUGUCUCCCGAUCGCUUGUCUUUGAUCUUCCACUCCAGAAACACUGCAAGCACGCUCGCUCUCCUUGAGCAAAUGCUCGAAGAUGCCAGGUGGCAAAGAACACUCGAAUCGCUCGCUCCACGUCCCAUAAGCCCGCUUAGCCUCCUGGACAGUUGCUGUUUCUUUUCUGAAUCGUUCACACGCGUUAUGCGAGGGAUACAACAAGGCGAGGGAAAUGUUCGUUUCGACAUAGGCGACUUGAGCGUCUGUGAUAGCAACACGGCAAUCCCAGUCGACCGGGAAAGCACGCCGGCGCGAGUAGGAGAGAAUUGGAUGGCACAUUUCCAGGGCACGUAUGUCGAGCCGUCGCCGUACGCCGGCCGCAAGGACCUGCUGCAGGAGUACAUGGAGGACGAGGUGCAGGACUGA